UUCUUGCAGGUGAUCUCCGAUUUUGAUUACACCUUGUCAAGAUUCGAAGAUAACCUCGGUGGACGAUGUUGGACAACCCAUGGUGUGUUCGACAACUGUUCAAAGCAGGUCGAUCCAGAACUGGCUUUAAAGUUGCAACGUCUAAAGGAGAGAUAUUUCCCAGUUGAAUUUGACCCCAAAAUGACGCAGGAGCAAAAAGUGCCUUACAUGGAACAAUGGCAAGUGGAACAGUUCUCACAAUCACAUUGUUUCUGCCAGAUUCCAUCGGAACACUGUCGAGAAUUUUGUGCGGAAUUCAAAAAUAAUAUUGAGGACGAUGCCGAAAUAGAAAUAGAAUGGAUUUUUGUUAUUUUCCUUGCGAAUGAUGCCGGAAUGGAGGAAAAAUGGAGUUUUGAAUUAGCUCUGCUUCGUUCUCAGGGAAUAAAAAGAGAUCAAGCAGAACAGAUGAUAAUACGCUUGAAUCAACUUGGUGUUCCGCUGGUCGUCUUCUCUGCCGGUAUUGGAAAUAUCAUCGAAAUGUAUUUGGAGCAACGGCUGGGCCAGAUCCCAACGAACAUACGGAUAAUCUCGAAUAUGAUGAAUUUUGAUGAAAACGUAUGUUCAUGA